AACAAAUCGUUUCUUUUCACGUUAUAGGAGCUUGUUAGAGUUUGAACGUGCGAUUUUAGUGUGACACCGUAGAUCAAUACGGUGUGUCGUGCCCCAAUAAAAGGCCUAGUGACGCCGAUGGUAUGUCGUAUCUUCGCUCAUCUUGAAGACACGGGAUUGCAAGAACACAACAUUAGGUGGCGAUAGCGCGCCGCCUGGUUGCAAUUCGCAAUGAGCACGAAGAAGAAAGGCACUUCCGACAAACUUCCUGAUUAUGUAGAUCUAUGGUUUAGAGCCCGGUUCGUACUGUUUACCGUUUAAAAACGAGGCGCUUUUUUAUCAUGACAGUAAUCAUGCCUGAAAUGUCUGCUCGUUAAAGGCAAACUGAGAUGGCCCCGUGGAAACGGGCAGUUUGGUAAACGCAUCCAAGUUUCGGCUUGUCAGUCUGGUUUUCCUUGUUUGGUGAUGGAGAGACUGAUAUUAAAGCUCACAGAGAAACAUGUCCUUUACACCACUUCCUUCGCUAUUCGACUGGCUUUGGUCGCUUAUGGAGACUACCAAGACAGGACUAUGGCGGUGAAGUACACCGAUAUUGAUUACCAUGUGUUCACAGAUGCUGCAAGGUUCAUCACUGAGGGCCAGUCCCCAUACAAUAGAUCAACCUACCGCUACACCCCUCUUCUGGCCUGGCUUCUCACCCCCAACAUCUAUCUCAGCAUGGUGUUUGGCAAGAUCCUGUUCAUUGUUUGUGAUGUGCUAUCAGGACUGCUCAUCUACAGAAUCCUCUGCCUACGAGGGCUGGGCUCUGAGACUGCACGUCGUGUUUCUUCUCUGUGGCUCCUCAACCCGCUGCCUAUGGGAGUAUCCAGCCGAGGAAAUGCUGAGUCAGUCAUGGCAGCCUUGGUGCUUGGGACAUUACUCUGCUUGGAAGGCCGGUGUCUGAUGCGGGCCUCUAUUCUCUAUGGUCUGUCAGUUCAUAUGAAGAUCUACCCUGUUACAUAUGCUCUGCCCAUUGCCCUGAGUCUGCGCACGCCAGAGACCAGAGCAGAGAACACAGAGAGGUGGCAGUGGAGGAGGUUCAUCAGGUUUAUUGGAAGCUUUCUCAACACAGAGUUGUUCCUCUUUGCAAGUGUGGCUGGAGGGGUCUUCUGCAUGCUCACAGCACUCUUCUAUUAUAUGUAUGGUUGGCAGUUCCUUUAUGAAACCUACCUGUAUCAUCUGACCAGAAGGGAUAUCAGACACAACUUCUCCCCUUACUUCUAUAUGCUCUACCUCACUGCAGACGGUGCGUGGAGCCAGUGGCUGGGCCUGGCAGCAUUCCUCCCGCAGCUCAUUCUGCUGUUGGUAGCAUCAUGGGCCUUUCACCCUGACCUGGCUUUUUCCUGUUUCCUCCAUACAGCCAUCUUUGUUUCCUUCAACAAAGUCUGCACCUCACAGUACUUCCUGUGGUACCUAUGCUUACUUCCUGUGGUCAUCCCUCACCUGAGUCUGUCACUAAACCAGGGAGUGGGACUUCUGCUCCUCUGGUUUGCUGGACAGGGUAUUUGGUUAGGCCCAGCCUAUCUCCUCGAGUUUGAAGGCUACAACACCUUCCUGCUGAUCUGGCUUGCUGGACUGCUCGUCUUGAUCAUCAACUGCUUUGUCUUGAUCCAGAUCAUAGCCCAUUACAAACUCCACAGAGACUGAGGGUCAAAUGACACAACAGUGAUGUCAGUGUGCAAGGCUAUUUCACUUUCACCACAGCUUCAGUAUGAAGAUCCACAUACACUAUAAUUACUUUCUCAGGUAACUCAAAUUGUAGCGCAGGCCAGUCAUGCAGUGCCACUUUGUGAGAGACAAAGCCACAGUGGGAUUUACAGUCAUUAUGUAUUGUGAAGGCCUCAGUCCUGGCCUUCACCAUGUGAGGGCCUAAACCACCACCAGCAAUGGACUUGGGUGGGUAAUUUCUUUAUGUGUGUAGGGUUGCAGGUAAAUAUUGUUUGAUAUUAGACAUACACAAUUGAUCAGUGAACAUGCACAUUUGAUUAAUUCUGUAUUGUUAAUGCGUGUAAAUUUUCUUUUGACUUACCGUGUUUCCUAAUCCAUGGACUGAGGAAGCAGCAGGUUUAAAUACCUCUCACUAGGCCUGGACUGCACCAAGUGCCCAAUACAAG